AAACGUUGUCGUUUUGGAGAAGGCUCAAAGACCAAGUGUAUCUUCUUCUAUCUGUCAUUGGGAGAAAGAGGAGCAAUUAUCAAUUCAGAGCGAAGGAGAAGGAGAAAAAUGAGCGAGACGAGACCAGUGCCGAGGAGAGAGAGCCCAUGGGGAUUGCCAGAAGGGGAUAAUCGUCAACCAAAGGCCCAUCGAUGCAAUGACCGAGCCGAGGAUGUCAUCCAAGCUUGUUUUGAGGGAAACCCGUUUAGUACAGUUCCAGGACCUUUCAAGCUCUUCUGGCGAUGCAUGCGUUCUAAACCUGGGGAGGAACCGACAGAACCAUAUACCUAUUUGCAGUUGGAUCCCCCAAAAAGAGAGGUGAAACUUGAGUAAACCACUUCUUAGAAAGCCAUCAAGACGAUUUUAGUUUUAGGUUGAAUCACUAUGAUUUCUAUACUUCCAGUUUUGUUGUCUAUCAAAUAUAAGGCUUACAUUAAUUUCAAGCGCCACUAAGUUUUUGGCUUUCUAUGGUUUGAUAAUAAGGAUGUUAAAUGAAUCCCCAAAUUCCAAUGUGAUUAUGAUUUGCACCACCUAUUAGUGAUUUUAUGUCUUAUUUAUCUUAUGAUUGCAACCUGGUUUUCUUCUGCAUAAAUGGAUCACCUGCUACAGGAAGAUUAUGCAUUCUGGAAAUAGUUCUGGAAGAAAAUUUGACAGUAAGUGGUAUAGUUCUAGCCACUGACUCAUUCAUCUUUAAAUAAUGUCACGAUGCCGAAAGAAGAUUAUUGAUUUGCACCAAUGAGUUCUAGCUCAAUUGGCACCUCCUUUUAGGUGAAGGGUGAGGUUGUGGAUUCGAGAACUGUUAGGUGCGUGUGUAACUAACCAAAUUAUGGGAAUAUCCGUAGAUUCUUGUGAGACUAACGAAUAUUAGCGCAUGUUUGAAUAUCUUGCCAUGUUUGUUCCUUUUGUAUUUUGUUUUUUCUCAAAAGACAAAUGAUUGUAAGACAGCUGUUUCCUGUGUUGAUUGAAAUAUGUGUUUU